GUAUGCAAUGUAGUGUUUAUUUUAGUUUUGAAAUACAGCUUCUUGUUUAUUUUGGAUUGAAAGAAAUAAUAAUUUCAUUGAUAUUUAUUAUGCAUAUGAGUAAAACAGCUUUUAUGUUUUUAUAUAUAUUUUUUAAUAGUUAAAUUUUAUGAUAGGGAGAGUUUGAGAAUGGAAUGAAAGAAUAAUUUCCACAGGCAUUACAGGGUGAAGAUAAAUUGCUUCCUCUUUUGUUGCAAAAAUCCAAUAAUAUGAACUUUUGAGAACACUGUACAUGUUGACUGAACAUAUACACUGUUUUCCAAUGCAUUGAUAGGGAUCGUAAUUGUUGACAUUUUUUGCAUAAGCACUAUUUCUCUGUUGAUAUUCCUUAAGCAAAAGUAUUUUCAUGGUUUAAAGCAUUAGUGUUUCCUCCUCUGCUAAAUAUUUAGAAUGGGACUUUUUCUCAUGAUUAUAUUGUCUGUAUUUAUCCAGUUCCAUGUGAAACUUACUGUGAUCUGUGAUAUAUGUUGCACAAUCACAUGUCCAUCCUGAUAGCAUUGCAAUGUCAAGUCAUUACUGAAGCAUCUGCAUUUCAACAAAUGCCAACAAACCUGUGUCAUGCAUAGUCUGGCAUGACCGGUUCCUGUUUUUUAUAAAUGGUAUGGGACAUCUACAAGCUCUGUCUCACAAGAAAAUGUGCAAAUGUUUAUUGACCUUUGUGCAAUGGUGAGAGGCUGCAUUGACCUAUUGGCACAAGACAUGUAUGUACUAUAUAUACCAUGUCCACUGUGAUUUUAAUUUAUUAAUUUUGUUUUCACAUACAGUUGAUGCCUCUGCAAGAGCUUAUUCACCAAGGAGGCAAUUAUGAAACCUAAAUGUCUCACCUUUUACCCCUUUUCUUUUUAACUUUUUACUGCUUCUAGUGUUGUUAAUAACAUAAUGAUUAUAAUCAAUAACAGCAUUGAUAUUAAUAGCAUUAAAAAAAAUCUAAAAAACUCAGGGAAACGGGAAAUCAUGAGGUCAUGUAGGGCUUACUAAUUGUCUCCUUGGCAGCUGAGCACUUGUGAAGCCAUCUAAGGGCAAAUAAAAUUCAGAACUCAAAACUACCGUGGACAGAUCAUGCACAGGCGGUAUUGGGUUCAUCAGUUCAAGGCCAUUCCAGGAAGAGUUGUCACUUUGGUACCAUCUGAGGACCCUGAGGAAAAGGUUUGGGGUGUAGCUUAUAAGAUCAGCGAAGAAAAGCAGGAGGAAGUGAUGGCCCAUCUUGACCACAGGGAAAAGGAUGGAUAUCAGCGCACACCAGUCACCUUCUUCCCUCAGGAGGCUGCGUUGAAACCCUGGGAACUUAUUAUAUAUUUAGGUUCAGAAACAAACCCCUUUUAUACAGGCCCAACAAAAGAAGAUGAGAUCGCCCAGAUUAUAGCAUCAGCUGCCGGUCCGAGUGGUUCAAAUAAGGAGUAUCUUUUCCAGUUAGCUCAGACUAUGAGGUCACUGAACAUAAAUGACAAUCACUUAUAUAGCAUAGAAAAUAAAGUGAAAAGUAUCAUAGAAAAUAGCAGUCAAAAGACUUAAGGUUGUACAAUGUAAAACUUUGUAUUUGAAAGAUAGAGGGUAAAGUAUGACAAAGCCUGGAUGUUUUUAUGGAAUUGUGACUUCUGUAAUUUGUGUUUACAACUAAUUUUCUUCUUGGAGAAAUCAAUAGAUUUUAAGAGACAGGGGGGGGAGAGAAAUGCAUUUUGACCUCUGUAUUUAAUUUUGUUUAAAUGAGGUGGACAGUUGAGGAUAAGGACAUAUGUUCAGUAAAUGCAAAUGAAUGUGUUGACUUCAUUGUGACAUUGAGUUUGUUCAUUGUUAUGAAUGUUUCAUGUUUUAUAUUAUAUUUCAAGAGUGUGGACAUUUGAUAGACAAAAAUAAACUUAUAUAAAUACUGAGAUAUUAAAAUCAGUUUCAAAUAUUUUGUUUCUUGCUUAAAGCUGUGAUACAUCACAGAAAUGGAAAUUGUGACAUGAGUGUAAAUUAUUAUUAUUCAUUACUGUUAUUCUGAGUUACUAUGUGAUCACAAACAAAAUACUUUAUUUUUUAUAUUUCAUAAAUAAUGCUGAUUUAACCUUUGCCCAAGUUUGCAAGACUAUUUAAAAAAUGUGCUUUGUAAAAGGAAUGUGAGUUUGAAGAUCAUAUAUACUGGAACAGAUUUUGCCAGUGAAGAGAAAGUUUCUAGAAGGCAUUAUGGACUUGACUUUUAUGAAUAUUUAUUUUAAGGCUAAUAGUGAGAAUUUUUAUUUUUGUGGUCUUUUAAAGCCUUGUUGAGGCCACCUUAAAAAUCUAGUUUUAAAGUAUUAACCCAACCACCACGGAAUUAUGUUCUGGCAAAUGUAGUUUUUUGUGAAUUUUGUUACAUACAGAUGGCUCCACAUGUGCUCAGCUGGCAAGGAGUCUAUCAGUAGGUCCUAGUGAUCAAUCCUGAUUUCCCUAUUCCUUGAAUUGGUGGGAAAAUGUGUUUUUCUUUUUAAUACAACUGAUAUUAUUAAAAUCUUGGUAACAUUUUAGACAAUGAAAUAAUGCAGAAGACCCUUUCCAAAAGUCAAGGAAAAGGAUAAACAGGGGAGAUAAGUAGGACUUAUAACUGACUCCUUGGUGAUUAAACAGUUGUAGAGCCAUCUAUGUGUAAAUACAAAAAAUAAACUUAUAUUACAGGUGGGCAUGGCUUGUAUUCUUGCCAUCCGUGCCAAUUGGUUUAAUGCACAAAUACCAGACUAGAAAGUACAGUACCUCUUGAUGAGAUCUCCUAAUGAACUUUGCCUUAGCAAGUGCUGGUGCUGAAAUUCCUCCUUGGUGCACUUUUUUAUUUAUCUGUGCAAGUGCUCUAAUAUCAGGAUGAUGAUAACAUCAUGUGCACGCUAUUGAAUGACUUUCUAGAUUGUAGUAAAUAAAGAAGUAAUGUUCACUAUAAAAAAGAAAAUUG